AUGGAGGACACAGACUCAGAAAAGACAGAAGAUGGCUGGUUUGAGUUUUAUGAGUCCUUCCAUGACCUAUUUGAAUUUUUUUGUGAUAACACCACGAUCCACGGCACCGUCCGGCUGAACUGCUCCAGAAGGAAUGCAAUGAAGACCAGCUUUUGGGUUGUGCUUUUCUUUUGUUCUUUUGGGAUGAUGUACUGGCAGUUUGGACAAACCGUCCAUGAGUACUGGAACUACCCCACCAACAUAGCCAUACUGUUACAGUCAAAUAAAAAUAUAUUUCCUGCUGUGACAGUCUGCAAUCUUAACCCUUACAGGUUUGAUCAGGUUAAUGAGUAUCUUAACCAGUUGGAUGACCUGACAAAGCAAACACUGAGCUCGCUGUAUGGUUUUAAUGCAACCCUGCAUAAAAACACGGACAAUGAGACUAUAGAUCUUGAAAGCAUCCUGGGAAGUGUGAACAGCAGCAACACUGGAAGUUUUCGAUUAGACACCACAAUAAAGCUGGAAAGAAUGGCAAUAAGUGGUCAAAACCAAACGGUCCCUGGGAAGAAGCACCAAGUGGGAUAUAAGCUGUGCAAUUCCACUGGAGGAGACUGCUACUACCGUUCGUUCUGGUCAGGAGUGGAUGCAUUGCAGGAGUGGUACAAGUUCCAUUUCAUGAACAUCAUGUCCAAAAUUCCUCUAGUGCUUCAAAUCCCUGAUGAGAAAUUUAUGGAGAAGUUUAUUUUAACAUGUGAUUUCGAUGGGAACCCUUGUCAAAGAGAGUACACACAUUUCCAUCACCCAACCUAUGGAGCCUGCUUUACUAUUAAAGCUAACCAAAAUACCAGUAGCUUUGGGAUGACAGUUAAAACUGGCAAGCAGAAUGGACUAAGCAUGACGGUUACAACAGACCAAACGAAUAAUAUGCCAGUUAUGUCAACAGCAGCAGGUGCUAUGGUCCUGAUUCACAAUUCUGAUCAGCCCCCUCUGGUGGAGCAUGAAGGAUUUGACAUAUUUCCAGGGACUGAGAUAUCAAUAAGUAUUAGGCAGGAUCAGGUGAACCGCUUAGGAGAACCAUACAGUGCCUGCACAAACGAUGAGAGUAAAUUAGACUUCAGACUCCUGUACAAUUCUUCUUAUACGCUACAGGCUUGUCUACAGUCCUGUUUUCAAUACAAAAUGAUAGAACAAUGUGGUUGUGGCUAUUACUUCUAUCCCUUGCUUCCCGGAAUGGAGUAUUGUGACUAUAAUAAGCACCCUGGAUGGGGGCACUGCUUCUAUAGGCUGUAUGAUAAACUGUUAGAUCACAGGCUCAUCUGUUUUACCAAGUGUCCAAAGCAAUGCAGUGAGACAAUGUAUUACCUGUCUGCAGGGUCUGCAAGAUGGCCAUCGACUAUGUCCAAGGCCAUGUCACUGGCAAGUCUGACGAAUGGUUACUUGUCUCAUUCUAGGAGUAGUGUUUCCAGGAUUAAUGUGUACUUUCAAGAACUGAGUCAUCGGACCUUUGCUGAGACACCUGCAAUUAAUAUUCACGACCUUCUAUCUACAAUGGGAAACCAGUGGAGUUUUUGGUUUGGGUCUUCAGUUCUUUCGGUGGCAGAACUAGCCGAGCUGGUAUUUGAUGUUGCAGCCAUGUUGAUGAUAAUUGGAUAUUCAAAAUAUGGAAAGAAAAGGGGAGACUACCCCGACAAUGCUCCACCAUAUGUCAUCAGCGUAGACGGUAUAUCAGAUCUUGAUGAAAGAUCCAUAUCCACAGUAGGACUUCAGUCACAGGCUGAUAAUCCUCUGCCAACACAAGACCCAGACAGACACAACUAUCCAGAGGACAAAGUAGACUCAAAACCAACUUAAAUGUAGACAUGCAAUCAUUGGAGAGAGAAGGGGAUGUCUGGCAAUGGAGACAGGACCAAAAGGUUUCAGUACACCCCUGGUUGAUAGACAGAUAAAUAAAAAAAAUCCCUUAUUAUUAA